AAGCUGGCUAGCAAAGUUUGCGUGCCAGAAAGCUGGUGGCCCCCUGAUCCCAGCAGAGAGGGAGAAGCCUGGCUCCCUGGGAGCACGACAGGCCCCAGCCCUCUGCCUUCCACACAGGCUCGGGCACCACAGUAUAAAUAGGAGAUUUUUUUAUUUUUAGAUAAAUAACCUCCUUCUGGCCAUUUCCUAAGUAACUGCCGGAGCCGUGUCACAUCACCUAACCCAGAGCGGUACUGUGACUGCUGUGCGGCCACGCUGCUUGCCAUGUUUUGUAGCCCAGACAUGACUCUCGCUCCCGUCCCGCUCCCCGGGGCGGCGAGGGCGCAGCUGACGCACAGGAAAAGCCGCCGGGACGGGGCUGGGGCGGAAUAAAGCACGGGGCAGGCAGCAGACACGCCUGGGGACGCCGCCUGCAGCAGGGCUCGACUGGGGACCGCUCGCACAGUAUGUCCCAAUGGAGUCAAGUUCAACAACUGGAAAUAAAGUUUUUGGAGCAAGUAGACCAGUUCUACGAUGAUAACUUUCCCAUGGAAAUCCGACAUCUACUGGCACAAUGGAUAGAAAGCCAAGAUUGGGAGGCUGCGUCCAACAAUGAAGCAAUGGCAAUGAUCCUUUUACAGAAUUUGCUAAUACAAGUGGAUGAACAGCUAGACCGGGUUUCACAAGAGAAGAACCUUCUUUUGAUACACAACCUGAAGAGAAUCAGGAAGCUGCUUCAGGGGAAAUACCAUGGUAAUCCCAUGCAUAUAGCAGUGAUCAUCUCAAACUGUUUAAGAGAAGAAAGAAGAAUAUUGGCUGCAGCCAGCAUGCCUGUACAGGGGCCACUGGAAAAGUCUUUGCAGAAUUCUGUGGUUUCAGAACGACAAAGAAAUGUAGAACACAAAGUGUCUGCCAUCAAGAACAGUGCUCAGAUGACUGACCAAGAUGUCAAAUACUUGGAAGACUUGCAAGAGGAAUUUGACUUCAGGUAUAAAACAAUACAAAGUUUAGAGCAGAGCGACAAAAACAGUGCCCUCAUUAAACAGGAAAUGUUGGCGUUGCAGGCUAUGCUCAAUACGUUAGACUACAAGAGAAAGGAAGUACUCAGUAAAAUUGGCCGCGUGAUUCACGAAAUCGACAUGCUCAUGAGCAACAUGCUGACUGAGGAGCUACUAGACUGGAAGAGACGGCAGCAGAUCGCCUGCAUCGGGGGUCCUCUCCACGGGGGGCUCGAUCAGCUCCAGAACUGUUUUACACUGUUGGCAGAGAGUCUGUUUCAAGUUAGAAGACAACUAGAAAAACUGGAUGAACUAUUGACCAGACUGACUUACGACGGGGAUCCUAUCCCAGUGCAAAGACCUCAGCUGCUGGAAAAAGUCAAUUUCCUGCUCUACAACCUUUUCCGGAAUUCAUUUGUGGUGGAAAGGCAGCCCUGCAUGCCAACACACCCCCAGAGGCCAAUGGUUCUUAAAACGCUAAUACAGUUCACUGUUAAAUUAAGGUUGCUAAUUAAAUUGCCAGAGCUGAACUACCAGAUCAGAGUGAAAGCAACUAUCGACAAGAAUGUUUCAACUGUCAGUAAUCGUAGAUUCGUUCUGUGUGGAACGCAUGUGAAAGCUAUGAACAUGGAUGAAUCUGCAAAUGGAAGUCUGUCAGUAGAAUUUCGACAUUUGCAACCAAAAGAAAUGAAAUCAAGUGCUGGAAGCAAAGGAAAUGAGGGCCCUCAUAUGGUGACUGAGGAGCUGCACUCCAUCAGCUUUGAAACACAGGUCUGCCUGUAUGGACUGACUAUAAAUUUGGAAACAAGCUCUUUGCCUGUGGUGAUGAUUUCCAACGUCAGCCAACUGCCCAAUGCAUGGGCUUCUAUUAUUUGGUACAAUCUAUCAACCAAUGAUCCUCAGAAUUUAUCUUUCUUUAACAAUCCCCCUGCUGCCACUUUAAGUCAGCUCCUAGAAGUACUGAGCUGGCAGUUUUCAUCGUAUGUCGGCCGUGGACUCAAUUCUGAGCAGCUCAACAUGCUGGCCGAGAAACUUAUGGGGCAACAAGUCAGUUACAAUGAUUACCAGCUAUCCUGGGCAAAGUUCUGCAAGGAACACUUACCUGGAAAGUCUUUUACCUUUUGGGUUUGGCUUGAAGCUAUACUGGACUUAAUUAAAAAACACAUUCUUCCUCUUUGGAUUGAUGGGUACGUAAUGGGCUUUGUAAGCAAAGAGAAGGAACGAAUUUUGCUCAAAGACAAGACACCAGGAACAUUUUUAUUAAGGUUUAGUGAAAGCAAUCUGGGCGGAAUUACCUUUACUUGGGUGGAUCAGUUAGAAAACGGAGAGGUAACAUUCCACUCGGUGGAGCCCUACAACAAAGGCCGCUUAGCUGCACUGCCCUUUGCCGACAUACUGCGAGAUUACAAAGUUAUUAUGGCAGACAACGUUCCUGAAAACCCUCUGAAGUAUCUGUAUCCAGACAUUCCCAAAGAUAAGGCCUUUGGCAAACACUACAGCUGUCAGCCAAAUGAAGUCUCAAAGCCCUCAGAUGGUGGAGUGAAAGGUUACGUUCCUUCUGUAUUUAUCCCAGUCUCCAAAAUCUUAAAUGAUUCUACAGAUCCACAUUCUCCAUCAGAUCUUCUUCCUAUGUCUCCAAGCGUUUAUGCUGUGCUGAGAGAACACCUGAGUCCCACAGUGAUCGAAACUGCUCUGAGUUCACCUUACUCAACUGACUGAACUUCACGUACUGGAAUCUUGUGGACACUGGAUGGGUUAAAAGUCUCAUAAAUAUUUUUUUCAUCAUCUUUGUAAACCAACAUUUCCUGGAAACCAUUAUAAUGCUGUCCUCACUGAUAAAAGGCCAAAUCCUUUCUGGCUUGUAAGUCAUUUGACUCCAGUUGGGUGCAGCAGGCAUAAAUUUUUAUUUGCAGAAUUACUGGCCUUAAAAUUGCUAUAAAUAUGACAGUAUAAGAACAGAACUUUUUGCUUCUGAUAACAGCAUAUAAGGACAAAUAAAGACUUUAAGGUGUUUGGAGGAAUCAGUUUUUAUUACAUGAAAUAGUAAUCAUCUUUCUGUAUGCCAUUGGUUUAGCUUCUAUUUUUAAUUUAAGAUUCUCAUCCCUCUGAGUUCAAUUGUCCCAUAGGUAUCCAGGGGUUAUUUUUUCCCAAUGAUGAACUACCUCGAGCGUAGGUUAUCAUCUGCCACCGCAGCAGAAGUCAUGGGAGAAAGGAAGGCAAGACUAGGAAGAGAAGGGAGUUCUACGAGGUGAUCAGACAUAAAACUUGUGGUGACAAAAGGCUCUGUCUUCAUUUUUGCAGCUGGAAGACAGGGUUAGUAAAGUCUGCCACUGUUUUCAGGGGGAAGUAAAUCUGUGUGCAGUACUUACUCUUGUAUCUGAGCACUAUCAGAAGGCCUACAAACUAAAAGUGCUGAUCUGACACACAGGUUGGACACUAUCCAGUAAACGCAGACUGGGAGGCAGUUUUAAGAAGUAAUUACUGAAGAGCUGCAACAUCUUCUGACCACUGGGCAAUUUGUGACACAUGACAAUGUUACAUGCCUGUUGGAAACUCACCUAAUAAGCAGAAUAACUGGUUUUAUACUGCUUUUUUUUUUUUUUUUUUUUUGCUUCAGGCAUAGAUUAAUGCUUGCUUGUUCGACUUUUUUUUUCCCCCCUCAAUACUAUCCCUAAAAACUGUUAAUGGAAUAAUAAACUGGCAAUUCCAAGGCCACUGUCUUUCAUGUGUGUAGCCUCAUUAAGAUUUAAUUCUUGUGUGCAGAAUAAAUGGUUAACACAUGCAAAGUUCUUAAAAUACACAAACAACUAUGUAUUUGCACUUUAUACUCUUCUUGAGUAGACAAAAAUCAGAUAUCCAGGGUGAAAACGUAACCCCCUGGAGUCAGUUAGACCUGGAUUUCGCUUUCAUUUCUCUACUUCACUCACCCUUCUACCACUCACGCUUCUACUCACUCCCUUCACCCACAGUAUUGAUGUUAAUUAGCAACAUCUGUUAGAACAGAAACAGAUUAUUCCAUCCAUCACCAAAAUACUGCAUUAGAUUGAUUUCAAAUGAACAAACACCUCUCUGUAGUUGAUUCAUCUGAGUUGAUUCAAAGCCAGCUGCAGAUAGGAAGUCAUAUUUUCUCUCAUAAAGCAUCAUGUAUAAAUGAUUUUCCAAAACAAUUGUGUAUAUACAUUUGAUAAGAUCUGUAAUUUAUAUGACCAGUAUGAAUAAAAACAGAUUUUGGCUUGAAGUCAGAUACCUGCACU